AUGACGACUUCGCUGCUCCUGCACCCGCGCUGGCCGGAGAGCCUGAUGUACGUCUAUGAAGACAGCGCGGCGGAGAGCGGCAGCGGCAGCGGGGCCGGCGCGGGGGGCAGCGCGGGGGGCGGCUGCAGCGGGUCGAGCCCCGCCAAAGCCCCCAGCAUGGACGGGCUGGGCAGCGGCUGCCCGGCGAGCCACUGCCGCGAUCUGCUGCCGCACCCCGUGCUGGGCCGCCCGCCCGCUCCCCUGGGCGCUCCCCAAGGGGCCGUCUACACGGACAUCCCGACCCCGGAGGCGGCUCGCCAGUGCGCCCCGCCGCCGCCGCCCCCGGCGCCCCCCACCUCGUCCAGCGCCACCCUGGGCUACGGCUACCCGUUCGGGGGCAGCUACUACGGCUGCCGCCUGUCGCACAACGUGAACCUGCAGCAGAAGCCCUGCGCCUACCACCCGGGCGACAAGUACCCCGAGCCGUCGGGCGCCCUGCCCGGGGACGACCUGUCUUCCAGAGCCAAGGAGUUCGCCUUCUACCCCAGCUUCGCCAGCUCCUACCAGGCGAUGCCAGGCUACCUGGACGUGUCGGUGGUGCCCGGGAUCAGCGGGCACCCGGAGCCGCGGCACGACGCGCUCAUCCCCGUCGAAGGCUACCAGCACUGGGCUCUCUCCAACGGCUGGGACAGUCAGGUGUAUUGCUCCAAGGAGCAAUCGCAGUCCGCGCACCUCUGGAAGUCUCCCUUCCCAGAUGUGGUUCCCCUACAGCCGGAGGUGAGCAGCUACCGGCGGGGACGCAAAAAGCGUGUGCCCUACACCAAGGUGCAGCUGAAGGAGCUAGAGAAGGAGUACGCAGCCAGCAAGUUCAUCACCAAAGAGAAACGACGGCGCAUCUCGGCCACCACAAAUCUCUCCGAGCGCCAAGUCACCAUCUGGUUCCAGAACCGGCGGGUCAAAGAGAAAAAGGUGGUCAGCAAAUCAAAAGCACCUCAUCUGCACUCCACCUGA